AAAUAUUAAAAGGGGCUUCCUCUUCUUUCUCUCUCUUCCGCUUUUCUCUCUCCUCCCUCUGGUUGUCUUUCCUCCUCUCCUCCGUCCUCUCCCCUCCUGUCCUCCUCCUCCUCUCUGAGGCGAGGGCUUUCGAUCUAAUAGGCGCUUCACUUUUCUGGAAAUACCGGUUUUGCCCUUCGGCCAUCAGAGGUCGAAGGCGACCCACCCUAGCAGCGGGCACAUAAGGUGCAGAGCAAGGCUCCGUUCGGUCUAGGGUUAGGAUCGGGCUUUGGUUCUUCCGCAGUGAUGGGGGGCGACGGAGAUUCCGGCGAACAGACCGAGCUCGUGAGCGGCUCCGGCGAGGAGGAAGGCAUCCCCGUGAAUAUCCGGUGCUCCAACGGCUCCAAGUUCACGGUACGCGCCGAUUUGGGAUCCUCGGUCGCCGCUUUCAAGUCGGUCGUGGCCAAGAGUUGCGAGAUCCCGGCUGAUCAGCAGCGUCUCAUCUACAAGGGGCGGAUCCUCAAGGAUGAUCAGACGCUGGAGAGCUAUGGGUUGCAUGCUGAUCACACAGUUCACCUGGUUCGUGGCUUUGCAGCGGCCCCAGCAGCUAAUACGAAUAGCACUACCAAUACCACUGUUACUAAUAACAGCACACAAGGUCCAGCAAGGCCACCUGCUCCUAUUGACAGUGGAGGUUUGGGCCUUGGGGGCUUGCUGUUCCCAGGACUUGGUGCCAAUAAUCCUGGUGGAAAUGGAGCAUCUGGUUUAUUUGGAAGUGGGCUGCCGGAGUUUGAACAAGUGCAGCAGCAGCUGACUCAGAACCCUAACAUGAUGAGGGAAAUAAUGAACAUGCCUGUUGUGCAGAACCUUAUGAAUAAUCCUGAUUUAAUGCGUAACUUAAUUAUGAGCAACCCCCAAAUGCGGGAAAUAAUAGACAGGAAUCCAGAUCUUGCUCAUAUACUCAAUGAUCCUAGCACUCUUCGCCAAACCCUGGAAGCUGCACGUAAUCCUGAAUUGAUGCGUGAGAUGAUGCGGAACACAGACAGGGCCAUGAGCAACAUUGAAUCUUCUCCUGAAGGUUUUAAUAUGCUGAGGCGCAUGUAUGAAACUGUUCAGGAGCCAUUCUUGAAUGCAACUACAAUGGCUGCAGAUGGUGGAAAUGAUAUUGGGUCAAACCCUUUUGCUGCUCUUCUGGGGAACCAAGGAGCAAACCAGGCAAGAGAUCGGUCCUUGAAUGCUUCUACGACUGAGUCAGAAACUACGGCUGGAUCUCCUGCUCCAAACACCAAUCCACUCCCUAACCCUUGGAGCAAUGCACCCGCUGGAGGUGCCCCGGCCAACAAUCCAGCUCCAAGGACUGGGUCGACAGUGGAUGCCAGGGCUGCUGGAGCAGGGGGGAUGGGUUUACCAGAACUUGAUCGGAUGCUUGGUGGACUCCCUGAUUCCUCACUCUUGAAUCAAAUGAUGCAAAACCCUGCUGUUUCCCAGAUGAUGCAAAGCCUUCUCUCUAACCCUCAGUAUAUGAACCAAAUUCUUGGUCUUAAUCCCCAGCUCCGAAAUAUGUUGGACUCGAAUUCCCAGUUCAGAGAGAUGAUGCAGAAUCCAGAGUUCCUUCGCCAACUUACUUCCCCCGAGACAUUGCAGCAAUUCAUGUCAUUUCAGCAAGCCCUUUUGUCCCAGCUCAACCGCCAACAGACAAAUCAGGAACAAGGAACUGGUGGUGGUGCAGGUGGCACUGGCACUCCCAAUAAUCUCAACCUGGAUUUGCUAAUGAGCAUGUUUGGUGGCCUUGGGGGAGGCAGCCUAAACGUUCCCAACACAUCUAAUGUCCCGCCGGAAGAGCUUUACGCAGCCCAACUGUCUCAACUGCAAGAGAUGGGCUUCUUUGACACCCAGGAGAAUAUUCGUGCACUGACUGCAACCCGUGGAAAUGUCAGUGCAGCUGUUGAGCGCCUUCUUGGGAAUCUUGGUUAGUAAGUUCACAAUAUGGUGGCGUUUGAGUUAUUAGUUCGUCUCUUUUGCCUCCUGUACGAUUUAGUCAGUUCCUCAUCGAUCGAUCCAUCUAUACCUGCUGGUUAAAAAAUAUACCUUGAAGACCCCCAAACUUGCGCAUCUGGAUUUCUUUUUUUUCGCAUAUGAAAAUAAGUACAUCACUAUAGAGCUGUUGAACCAUAUGAUGUAGCUGUGAUUUGUUAGCGGCCCUUUGCUCUGCCUGAGCACUUGAAGAUAACAUAUGCUGUAAAUACAAUGACUGGCAAGCCGUUGGGGUCGGGUUAUGGAACUAUGGGUAUAGAUAAAAUUGUAAGCCAGCACAUGUUUUGUGGUGAAUAUUAUUUUGUCAUGGAGAUGAUGAUUUAUUUUGAGUGGUUUGUGGUCA